AUGAUCCGACCCGUGGCAUCUGGAGUUGUAAACGAUGAUAUCAAUAUAUGUAAGCGGAAAAGAACACUGGAAAAGAAUAGUACAAUUCAAACUCCAGUACGAUGUCCGAGUGUAAUACAAUUGGGAAAAUUUGAAGUGGAGACUUGUUAUUCAUGUCCAUUUCCACAGGAAGAGAAUUCUCCGAGAUUAAUAUUUUGUGAAUUUUGUUUAAAAUACACUAAAUGUCAAUCGAUCUUGGAAAGACAUAUGCGGCACUGUAAUUGGAGAACACCACCAGGCACAGAAAUCUACCUAAGUGGAGAUUUAAGCGUUUUUGAAGUUGACGGAAAAGUAGAUAAAACGUAUUGCGAAACACUAUGUCGAUUGGGAAAAUUAUUUUUGGACCUAAAAACUCUGGACUUUGGCGUUGAACCGUUCUUAUUUUACAUUGUGACGAAAAACGACGGUUUUGGCUGUCAUUUGGUUGGUUAUUUUUCAAAACUUAAACAAAAUGAAGAAAAUUUUAAUGUAGCUUGUAUCGUAAUCAUGCCACAGUACCGAAGACAAGGGUAUGGACGAAUUCUCAUCGAAUUUAGUUAUCUUCUAUCUAGAAUUGAAAAUCAACCAGGUACGCCAGAAAAACCACUUUCCGGUUUGGGUAAAAUGUCAUACGAUGCGUAUUGGAAAGGUGUCAUUCUACAAUAUUUACAUCAACACAGAGGCAUUGACAACAUCUGCAUCAAUGAUAUUAGCAGUGAAACUGGUUUAAUGAGACAAGAUAUUAUAGACACUUUCCAAUCUCUGCACAUGGUUGUGGAAAUCUAUAAAGAAAUGACAAUUUGUAUAGACUGGAAUAUUGUAGAUUCUCACAUAAAGAAGAAAAUUGAAUUAAACCAAGUUCACAUUGCUCCCGAUAGGUUGAGGUGGACACCAUCAAAUUUACCGAACCGGCUGCCACUGGUGUUCGCCUGCUCGGUGCUGGUCUCGGCGCUUCCGUCCACCGUGCUGGCUGCCCGAGUGGACCGUGACUGA